CCGCUGCUGGCGUCCGCGCUGACCGCCGGCCUGCUUGUCCCCGUCGCCCGUGCGCCCGCAGCUCCUCGGCGACAGCAUGCUGGGCGUGAUCCGGAACUCGCUGUUCGGGAGCGUAGAGACGUGGCCUUGGCAGGUCCUGAGCAAAGGGGGCAAGGAAGACAUCUCCUAUGAGGAAAGGGUUUGUGAAGGAGGGAAGUUCGCCACAGUAGAAGUGACAGAUAAGCCUGUGGAUGAAGCUCUACGGGAAGCAAUGCCCAAAGUUGUGAAAUACGUGGGGGGCACCAAUGACAAGGGAAUUGGAAUGGGGAUGACUGUCCCUAUUUCCUUUGCUGUGUUCCCCAGUGAAGAUGGCUCCCUGCAGAAGAAACUAAAAGUCUGGUUCCGGAUUCCAAACCAAUUUCAAAGCGACCCACCAGUUCCCAGUGACGAAAGCAUCAAGAUCGAAGAGAGGGAAAGCAUCACCGUCUAUUCCACGCAGUUUGGUGGUUAUGCCAAGGAAGCAGACUACGUAGCUCAUGCCACUCAGCUGCGUGCUGCCCUGGAGGGCACAGCCACCUACCAGAGGGAUAUCUACUUCUGCACCGGAUAUGACCCUCCCAUGAAGCCCUACGGACGGCGCAAUGAGGUCUGGCUGUUGAAGACAUGAGUGACUCACUGAGCCGAGAACUUCCUGGAAGUGUGCCUCUGUGUCUCCUUACUCAGGGGGCAAGAGGGGACAAUGCUUCCCAAGUUCCAACUGCAAUUCUAGUUAACUAACUUUCUCUCAAAGCCAGUUACUGCCAAUUUUCUGAAAUAAGUAUGUUCCAGAUACUGAGAUUCUUUUCUCAUGGUGGGAAAUAAUUCAGCCAAAAUAGGCAGGAUCCUUCUUAUUGAUUUAGAAAAUUCUGUGGUAGACCAGAAAAACCCUGGCAGCAUUUUUCCAGCCAUCUGGGUCACUAAAAACUGAUUUUCUAAAAUUAUUGAAUUUGUAUUUUUGCUAUUAAGGGGAAAAUAUGAUUUUUGCAUGAGCUUUCUUCUGUGAUUCUUAUAAGAGCUUUGUCUAUAGAAAAA